AUGUGUGAUGCACCGAGUAACCUAGAAGUGCUCUCUAGGAACAAGUUUAUAGGAUUUCCAGAUGGAAAUAUCCUCAGUUGGUGUCCGAAAAUGGACUUGUUGGCAGUUUCAAUGAAUAAAACUUCCAUUUGGGUAUUCCGACUCAAUGGAGAACGUGUAUACUCCAUCAAUAACCGUACAGAGAUUCUAGAUUUGAAAUGGAAUCGUAGCGGCAAGUUCUUCGUUGUGUCUGGUACAGAUACCUUGAUGAAAGUGUAUGAUGCUAACAAUGGAAAAUUGGUCAGUCUGCUUCCUACCAGCGCUGGUCUUCCAAUUACCUUGACAAGUUGGAGUUUCAUGGACGUUGAGACACUGAUUGGAGAUAAAGAUGAUCUUGGUGAUAUCUUCAAUGAUGUGUUCAAAUUGGACAUUUUGAAGUCGAUGCCCAAACUCUCCAAUGAAGUGGAAACUGUAACUUUGGAAAAUGGAUCUACAGGCCACGGAGGUACUACUCAAACGAUGUCGGAUUCAGUUAUUACUACGACAGACAGCGAUAAUCUCCUAGAUUGCUUGUUUUCGGUCAACACCAAUUCGUUGCUAUCCAUGACUUUCAACAACUUGUUCACAGUGUCCGACGUGGAGAUUCCACCUCACGGCAAGUACUUGAAGCAUGCUACUCCAGAGAGUCUCUUUUCUCAAUUUUUCCUUGUGGAGGACUCUGAGUGCCAGUUGAAAUUAUGUGAGUUGAAAUUGCAGAUUGAAGACUCGCUAAAGAGAAGACAUCUACUAGAAACCAUUGAGUGGUGCUCGCGAAUUGUUUCCAUCAUCAACCACAUUCGUGACCAGAUAUCGUUGAUUGCUUCCGAGGCUACAGGGUUUCUCAAGGUUCUUGACCUUCAUCUAGGAAAUUUCAAAGAUGUACUUGACGAAGAUGUCGACCUAACUACUGAUUUUCCCACUCCAAUGGAUGUCCAGGAUAAGAUUGCCGAGAAACUCACGGAGAUGGUUGUUACUGCAUUAAUUCCGAAGUCCCUUAAAGACUAUUGGCUCAAUCAAUUUGGUGAACGUGGACUUGCCAGAGUGUCGUCUGUAGGAAAUGCUGCUUACGACACAGCCAGGAAGGUCCUGUUUGGACAAAUUAUUUUGGCGUUGGAAAAGUUGAUCAUUUUGCUCAGUUACCUUGAAAGUGUGGCCAUAGCAGAAACGAAUUCCCGUCAAGAGGCUCUAGGAAUGUCUGUUGACUCAAUCAAAAGUGUUAUUAAGCAAUCACAAGAACUAGCAAAAAAGUUCUAUGCGUUCAUUUGGCGUGUCAAUGCUGAGCAAGAAUCCUUUAAUAAGUUUUUGAACUGGUGCAAGGUGGAAGUGAUUGAAAAGCUUUCUAGUGAAGAUAAUGACCCAGAAGCCUUUUUCAAUGCACACCCUACCAUGGAGUUCAGAUCCACUGAUAUCUUGGAGUAUAUCAACGUGCAUAUGUUCGAUUCGGGAUUCUUUGAGUACGUUGACAUAGACGAUGUGAAUUUUGAGGCGCUCCACAACUUUGAAACUGAAACUACUUCAUUGCAGAAAGAUAUCAAUACUUUACACAAGGAUCUCAACCAUAACUUGCUAGAAGGUGUUCAGCAAUACAUAGCGAGCAAAGUUCAAAUUGCUUCGCCGCUCACUUUGGAUUUGGAGCCUAAACAAACCCUGUGGGAUAUCAAUAUUGAACAAUCUAUCGUGUACGUGACUACUACAAAAGAUAAUGCAUUUUCUGUUCUCAAGGUGAGAAAGCUAUCACAAGAAAAGAAGGUAAUACUGUUUCCCGGAGAAAUUAUCAGCCACCAAUAUAUUAGUGGAGACCGCAUGUUGAUAUUCUAUAAGGAUUCGAACAAAUUCAAGCUUGACCUAGUCGAUGUGAGCCAGUCCACGGAGAUCCCUCAAAUAACCAGCAGUUUGGAGUUUGACGAGUCAUCUUUCAUCAAGAAUCCCGCUAUGUUGGCUGUAAAUGGUGUGGAUGAUCCAUCCCAUAUCAUUGGUUGUGUUCUUGACCGUUUCAAGAAAGAGUAUGUGGUUUUUCAACUCAAAUAG